GCACAGUCCCGCUUUGGUUCGCGUGGUCGCACCGCCGUUGGUGCUCCCACCGACUACUCCGGCCGCUCGCUGCGUCUUCCGAGAGCGGCCAGCGAGCAGUUGACUCGCCGGACGGCCAGCUGGCGUGUCGCGCGCACCGCGCUCUUCGGUUGUCGCUUUGCUCGCGUUGUCCACAGAGGACACGGCGUGCGCCUCGACACUCUUUUCAAGACCACAGGCGGCCGUGCGCGUGCGGUCGCUCGGUGGUUACCGAGGCGUGUGUGUGCGUUUGCCCAUUGCGGUGUGCGGCCAGCUGAUCAGUGUGCCUCUGACCGCGUGACUCGGUUUCGUGUGCCAUGAGCUUCGGCCCGACUGGUGGUUUUCGCGUGUUGUCGCUCUUGUCCCCCGGAAUUUGACGCUGCCGCCACGUUGUUCGUGUGUGUCAUCGCCGAAGUUCAAGUGUAUUGCUGAAAAAGAAAAAAAAAAAGAAAGAGGAAAAGAAAUGAUGGAGUGUACUCGCCGUGUUACCGUAGCCGUGCUGCUUGUGGUGGUCGCGUGGACCUCCGGAUACGCCGCCGGCUCGGCUGUUGAAGGUGAGUUGGGCUAUCUCCUCACUGGCUACCUGGAGCCACAGAAAAACCUGAUCAUGGUCCAUGAGCGCGAAGGAGGACCGAUAAGAACAGUUCAAUAUGACGUCACCUGCUCGAGCACGGAGAUGAAAGUGGUCGUGUUCAUCAAUGACUCGGCCUCUGACACAUACCUCGAGAAGCUCAAGGCCUACGCGGGUUGUCAACCACAAGUGACGCCCGGAAAGGCCACUUUCGUUUUGCCGCUGGACAACAUCUACGCUUGCGGAACGACAAGAAUGCACAACAAGCUCACGGGCCAAUGGAUCUACUACCACCGUAUCAUGGUUGAGACACCCGGCGAGGAGACGCAAGUCAUUCUGGCAAAGUGUGUGCUGCCAGGGGGCUUCAACCAAAGCAUCACGUCUCGCGGACGCGCUCGCCGGGAGUCGCUUCCCUUCGACCUUGUGGAGCCCGAGCACCUGAAGAUCACCGAGUACAUCGAGGCCCGGGCGCCCGUGCCCUACCUCGACGUGGCGAUACGACAGAACGGCCGCGUGCUCGACACCACCCUCAACGUUCAGCCCGGGACGCCGCUUGAGAUGCUUAUAUUCCUCGACCCCAAGAGCAGAGGCACCUAUGGCAUCCUGACAAGUUACCUGAAAGUCACAGACAGUGCCAACAAGCAGGAAGAAGUGAUCGUUAUGAAUGGGUGCUCCAUCGACCCAUACAUUUUUGGCAAUUUUGAGACUCUCGACAGUGGUGACACGCUUUCAGCCAAGUUCAGGGCCUUCAAGUUCCCCGAGUCGAACUACGUGCUCUUUGUUGGCACCGUCAACGUGUGCAUCAAGGAAUGCAAAGGCGUUCCUUGCGGCAAUGAUCAGUACGGCUACGGUCGAAGGAGACGCUCCAUCCCGCCGGAGAUUCCAAACGACCCCAAUAAAGUGUUUGAAGUGGAACUCACCACGUUUCUGAAGGUUCAAUACCGAGACGACCUGUUCACGCUCAAGAAAGGGUCCAUAUCGGGCGAGUUCGACGCUCGGACCGCCAACCAGCUGCCGCUGAAGCAGGCCGUGGACGGGGACACGUCCUUCCUGGACCGCUCUGCCGCUGGGCCGCCGGCGCUGCUGGGCGCUGGUCGCUGCUGCUCCUGCACGCUUCCUCUGCUUGGCCUGGUUCUUGCGGCCGCUUACACUCGGGCGACGCUUAGGCUUUCCUUCUGAUCACGCACGCCCAAUUUGCUGUCCCUCUUUUCUGCCGAAGCUGCGCUUCGAGCCACCGAUCAUUGUUUUCGGUGGCUCCCGGCGCAUCGAGAGAAAUCCUGUUCCUGAGGGAGCUUGCGCAUGCUGACCGUUUCUGAGAGAAGAGAGGAGGAAAGCGUGAACUCUGAAAGUGAUGCUGUUACACGGGCUAAUUGAUUGCUACGCUCUCAAAUAAUGGUACUAGCGCAAUAUAAACGUGACACAAUGAUCUAGACACUGCGAACGCUGGCGGUGUUGUUCGUUCGUGUUGUCUGCAUCUUUUCUUUUCGUCCGCUUUAUAUCGCGCUAGUAAUAUGAAUCAUGUACUCUGAUGGUAAAUCCUGCUCCCAGUCAUGUAGGUGUGCAUGUAGGAUCCCAGCAUUUCUCACAGGUCAGUGUUAUGAAAUACAUGAAAGAAAGGCAUGUCAGUGUGGCUAGCAUCAACUACUCUUGUAACUAGCACCAGGUUACGAAAGUUUCUUUUAUCUGGACCUGUUGACUGGUCUGCCUAUCAAAAAGAAGCCGUGUAAACAACAAUAAAAAUGACAGUGAAAGGAUUUGAUAAACGAUGCCCCUCUGACAUUCAUGCUGAAAAAGCUGCGCAGUAAAGGUUUUCAAUUACCGAGCGAGGAAAAAGCAAACCCAUCCAAUUAGGUUGUACUACAGCUCUCCGAGAAGCCAGGAAAAAAAUAUUGUGCCGUAUUAAUUCGGCACCCAACGUCAUGCAUAAUUCGUGGUGCAUGACGAACUAUCAGGAAUGUUACAUGCUCAAUUUAUCAGUUAAGUGUUGGAACCUUCAGCGAGAAAUCCGCGAUGGAUUAUAAAUUUCCGCUGAAUAAUUUUCUACUUAUAGCGAACGUGUCAAAUGUUCUUUUACGCAUAGUCAAAUGAGCGAAUACUUUUUUUUCUCGCUUGAAUUUUUUGCACUAUCAUGGUCAAUAAACUCCAGCUUUUGAUUAAGAAAUAGGAGAACGCGGUUCAUGUGAGUGUGCGUGGAAGUGAUUACGAAUAGCUUUGUUCCCGAAUUGUACUAUUUUGUUUUCAUUCAGCGCGUUACGAUUUUAGUGCGCUGGUCGUUCGUAUAUCUGUCUUGUUUAUACACGUCCUUUAACGUGGUGAAAAUGUAUCACUGCGUCACAGCGGAGGCAGCUAUAUUGUACUUAUAUGAAGUGUGAGAUUUCUACAAUAAGUGUUCUUGUGCUGUUGCUUAUCAUUCACGUCGCAGCUUUCAUCAUGAAGGACAGUCACAUAGCUCCUUUCGAAAAAAAUCACAAAUUCUAUACUGCGGUGGGUAACAGUAAUUCUGUUAUCAAUGUCAACACAACGUCGACAGACUGAAAACCAAACAUGCUUCACCGGUUCCCUACUUCACGAGCGUGAAAAUAAGUAACUAUAUAAAUGCUGUCGUUUCUGGACGUCUUUAUCCAAAUCAGAUCGUUGAAUUGCCGUAAUUGCACUCCUUGUUACAAAUUUCAUUCUCGACGCCACGAAAAAGGGACAUGUGUGAGUUGCUUUCUCAAAACUUCGUUAUUUCCACAUAGGUAAAACACUACGGUAAGAACUGAAAGCAGAAGUUGCGGAAUAUUGCGAUUCCGGAGUCCAGCUAAAAUAUUUUUAAGCGAUGCUAUUUUCCAUCGGCAACUGCUCGGCUCAACCGACAUUUAAUUUCCGGUUGAAUACUGCAGAACAUAAAAUAUACGCCGAAAAGAGAAAUGUUCUAUUAGCCUGCCACUUCCCUUCACUACCGCAGGUGCGCGUUCAGUUGUCUUCAAAGGAAACUAACUUUUUUCCAGUUACCAAUGUUAACUCGUGUAACUGCCGACAAGACUGCUCCAUUUUCGUAAGCCACUUAACCUGUGAAGCUCUACACACAGACCUCGUCGGGUAUGCUUCAAAUAUCAGGAAUACUGCUAGGCGUGGACAGCUGGGCUAGUUGGUUGGGAGUUGCAUUAGAAAACAUAGUUCUAGCGCACCAAAAGAAACAAAAAAAAAAACAAGGACGAGCGGCGAGGGACAAGAGCACCGGACUUCAACUUGAAGUAUGGCCUUCUUAUCGUCCCUCUCUGCUCGUCCUUUUUUUUCUGUGCGCUGGAGUGAUGUUUCGUAAAAGAACAUCAGGGAAUCGAAUCGAUUCAUUUGUGCUGAUAGACAUUUUUGAGGGAGCUUGGUUCUCAAUCCACUGAUUGAUUGACUGUCGCCUGCUGCAUUGUUCAAGUUCGAGGCACGUUUCAUGUUGCUGCUAUGAUUCCAGUUAAGCACGCGGUGGCUUAAAAAAAUUUAAAUUUGCAACGCAUAAAGUAAAACAGUUAAAUUUGAUGAACAGAAUACACAUGAACAGAUCAAAGGCGUACACUUCCUUCGUCAAGUUAUCGAACUAUACAAGUUCUUGGUUUCCAUGGAUGCGAAAUAUAAGAAGGUAUAUGUACCAUGCAUUAGAUACACAUUGAAGACCCCCAGGUCGUCGAAAUUAAUCCGGAGGCCCCCACUAUGGCGUGCAUCAUAAUCACAUCGUGGUUUGGGCACGUCUAAUUCGAGAAAUGAAUCUCUUGGUGAACUAUCUUACUUAAUUAUAUCUUGGGAAAUAUUCACUGCUGACCGAAUUAAGUCCACCGUGUUACCAGGACGGUAUGAUUCCAGCAGUUCACAAACGUUUCAUAGGACGCGCACAGGACCAAUCAUGAUAGCAAUCGUAAUAUAACGUUGAGGAAGAUGAAAACUUGUUAUUUGACCUCUUACAAUGUAUUCAUAAAGCUGGGCGUGUUCUAGAAUGGAAACUGGCCAAUGACAGACAGUUAUUAUAAAAUGAACGCUUUGUGAAUUCGUCCAUUGGAUUCUGUUCACGUGCACUUCAUGGUCUCAAUCACUUUUGUUCCAUACCUCUAAAGUUCAGCGCGGCUUCGCCACGCUAUCGUGUCACGUGACAAACCGAACAACAUUAGUUUUGGUCGUUUAUGUGUAUUUUCGUCUAAAAGACGAUAUGCUUCCCCGUCUCUGUACAAACUGUUGGUAAGGUCUUGUACAGUUUUUUAAAACAAACGAGGCAUGAGCUGGAAAACAUUGACUAUCACUCAUCACCUUGUAAAUCAGUUAUCGCUUUUCUUUGGGUUUUAUAUUUUUGAACAGACGUGAAAUGUAUGGUACGACGUAAAACAUGUUGUCCUGAAUGUGUUUAUUUAGUUUGUAUGCCGUGAGUGCGCUUUCUUGUGCAUUGUUUUCAGUUUCUACCGAAACUUAUUAGGUAAUAAAUGAGCACUAUGAAGGAAGCCAAAGUCUGCUCAGAGUUGUUAUGAAGGGUUUGUUAAAGUCAGCAAAGUCGGUGAACAUCUGUUUGAUGACAGUGCUUAAUGUCGCCAUGAAUAGUCCGCCGUUUGCUCGAAAGCUUUAACGUAGGAGAUUUAAAGCGUUGCGGUACUAUACGGCGUUGUUUUGUUGCUGUGGUAGUGAGCGAUGUGGUGACGAGGCACUUGGAACGACAGGAAGCGGAGUAUGUUGGUAGGAAUUCAUGCUACGAACCAUGAUUUAUUUGCAGUGGCAGGUUUGGCAGCUCGAGAACAAUUACGACUUCUCUAUAAAGCCACGUGUCAAACGCAGAAAUUCCCUUCAUGGGCUAUCGCUGAACUGGUUUCACCGAAAUACGUUGCAUUUAGAGAAGCUUAAUAUCUACACGGUAAUAAGUUUUGAAAACUUAAGUGUGCUGGUUUGUCCAAUGGCGAACGGCAGCGGGUUCAAACUGCACCUGUGAUGAGGAAGUUAUAGUUAAAACAUUUGCUUCAAUUUCCACCAACUGGUGUGCACUGAAAAAUCAGAAACUAGAAUUUGACAGUGAAGUAUGUAGUUUUCGUAACGUCUGUUUACUGCUUAAUGCGUUUCUCUUGGUGUCGUCCUUACUCAACACAACCAAAGCAAAAAAAAAAAAAGCAAACUUCAUUUCUUCCAAUUAACGAUUUGAUUUUACCCCUGAAAGGUACAGGUGCCAGCCAUGUGACAGACGAGCGCCCUUGUAUGAGCAAAAUUUACACUUUGAACUGACGAUUAGAAGUAUGGAUUUUGAUUAGGGUCUCAAAUAUUUGGAAUUACUUGUCUAAAUUAAUUUUGAGAAAUGAACCAACGCCUUUUACUAAACAAUAACUUCACGUUGAAACGAUCACAAUUAUCUAAACGGCUUGAACUAAAAUGUCGAGAUCAUAAAAAUGUGCCAUAGAAUUCCGCAGUUCAUUUGAAUUAAUAUUCUCGUUGGGGUCAGCGUUGCUAACGUCUAGUGAAGAAAUUACCGGUGUAAUUGAGAGCAACGUAUGAUAAAUACACUUUUUGUGCUUUUCACAACCUAAUUCAUGCAAGAAGGGAACCAGUUUUUAUUUAGAAAUGUAAAACUACUUUUUGUUUCUUGCUUUAUUUUCCUGAAUUUUUUAAAUUUCUGGCAGCUUUUGCAAGAAAAAUUUAUGGUGAGCCUAAAUAAAGGUCUCUUAUAAACAAUUGGUAGAUUUUAGAUUCUUCCUGUAAAGGCAACAAACUACAUUCAAAUUGGUCCGGCGGUGCCGGAAGGAGAGCACGUGCGCGCUUCACAAUUGUUUGAAUAACGAAGAUCAAAGCUGAAUCGUCCUGCAAAGCAGGAUGCGUUUGUUUUGAAAGGCCUUGGCGGAUGGCUUACAGAUCGGAAGUGGACUGACUGAAGAAAACGCAAUAAAAAGCAAAGCUUAUUGGCAGUAUUCAUCAAGGUAGAGGAGGCGUCAAGGACGCUACAUUUGAGCCGCUGUUGAGACUCAUGGCGUAAGCGAAGAAGAAAAUUCCCGACAUUGGGUAUUGCGUAUCACACAUAAACCUAAUUUCUCCUGUAAAAAUUCUCUGUCCUACCAUUCAUUUGUAAAUCAAUAUCACUGCACUCACAAAGUCGUCUGGAAGCAUCCAUUUGUAUUUGAGCUUUCUUGAGAAAGUGCGGUACAAUACUUUGAGGUUCUCCAGCGAGCAGUCGUGUGGGCGUGUGACAUUGUUGUUUUUUGCUGACCGUUCAACAAGGAGCACUAUUCAUAUGAGCUCUAAAGUCCAUCCUUUAACUGAGAAUUUUCUUGGCACAUUAGAUGCCGCGAUUUACAAUCCCGCCAAUUUGUCAACGCACAAAGCAAAUACAUUUAGCCCGCCCUCGCUUCAUUCAUCUUGGCCGACGACCGCCUGUCACGAAGUCAUGUACGAAGAUGCUACUAAACAGGACACCGAGUAUUGGUCAUUGAAUUGAAGAAUGUUACCACGUAUCUCUACUUGUGAAGAAAAACAACCCUGAAACCGUUUGUAUUUCCAUUACCAAAAGCUAGCAUAAAAUGUGUUUGCCUACAUUUUAGGUUAUCUGCACCAGUGUGUCGUUUAUUCUUAUAUUUCGCAACCAAGUCGUGCGCAAAAAAAAAAAGCAUAGAAACAAUUGGACCUUCCUUUUUCAUUUGUUUUGCGGAGACUUAGAUUUUUUAAAUUAAUUGUAAAAAAUGUAUUUGUUUCUAAGACCUGUCAAUGUCUCGCCAGCUUCUCCAAUCUGUCCAAAGCAAAUAAAAAAAGGCAGACAAGAAGUUCAUCUGAAUUUGUCACUUGAAACACCACCAAACAAAUAUAUAAUAUUAUUUAGCCGCGGCCUUUAUUCUGAAGCAACGUCUGGCGUGGUUUCGUGACGUUGUUGACACUCAUCAAAACUCUGUGUCCUUUAAGGCAGGAACAUUGUGCCAUUACAUGCGUUCCAUCAUUAUCAUCGGCCAAUGUCAUCAUCGUAAGGCAUAGCUGAGUCAUCGGCAGCAGUCCAUUGCCAAAUAAUGAAUGGGUCAUAUGUCGUUCGUUUGUGUUCACUUUCAAAACAACGCACUAAUCUUUUAACCUUAGGGCGUGUAUGUACGGACCUUGCUUUCGGAUGUCCCGUUCUGUUGACGUACGUCACUCGUUACUGUUCUCAUUCCGCACCUUUACGUAAAGUUGUACAUGUCUGUUCCUGCUACUGUAAAUCUUUUAUUGUGCAAGUCGUCAUUACAGAUUAUCUGCUUGUAAGUGUUCGAUUUAAUUGUGGCGUUCAAACAAAUUUGUUGAGUGUUUGGCGCAUGUGCUUUUCUUUUUGUCUGUAUAACUAUGAACUACAUUGUUUCGCAUUGCCUUUGUACUUGUUCAGUGUUUCUUUUGUGCGCACUUCUAUUCUUGUGCAUUGUUUUCUAUUUCAUUACAGGCGUUUUGUUGAAUGAGGGACGCCAGAAUGAAAGCACGCGCGUCGGCCACGUGACAGUGCAGUAGCGUUCACAUCCUGCUGACAUUGCUAAUGUACAUACUUUGGAUGUUCCAAGAGUGUAGCGUUUAGAGCUAUUGGCAAAAAAGAAUGUCAGUAGCCAUGUCAAAUAAUAAAGAAACGCCUUAACAUUUGUA